UGUGACGUCACUGUACACAGCUGUCUGGUCCCUGGACGAGAUAGUUGCUGAUUGGCUAGCGGUCUCUAAAGUGAGAUAUUGCUGGUACUAGCAACAGACGAUUUCAACUUUCAGUCAUAAUCUUGGGUUUUGAGGGAAUACUAGUGAUUGUGAUAUUGCAAUCUUAAUUACGGAACCGCGCGGAGGAUAAAUCUUAAGAGAGCCACGUCUCAAUAGAAAACUUCAAUAUAGCUGUGUUAUUAAUGCCGCUGUGACAUAUUGAUCUGACUGCAGUUAAUAACUAGCUAUAUCACGGUGCAAACAUACAUUUUCAUGUCAAAGUUAUAUCUGCGUUAUUCUACACAUCGGAGGAGUUCUAGUGGCCGGGUGCACUCAGGGUGGUUUUAUUCUCAUGAAAAUAACGAGUUCUAUCUGUCCUUGAACUGACAAGCUGUUAAGACUCUUGUGAUAUUAAUUCAAGUUUGUUUUUCUCCCAAGACCAAAGUGAGUAGGAGUUGAUGUCCUGCCCAAUGUGAGCGCGAUCAGAGCACAGUGGAUUACUAUUAGUGCAAUGUGGAGUCAAUGAUUCUAUUCAGUCUACAUGUUGAACGACGAAGUGCUGGUGCUCUCUCCACCCGGCUGCCUAAGGAUUGCAAUGGUUAGCAACUAGACUAUGGUGACUCUCCCUGCCAUCACCCCAACCAUGGGUCAUCUGGAUACAAGCGGCUAUCUGAGCCACGUGGUGACGUCAUGAAACAGCUCAGACAGCAAGGACUGGUCAGAAUUAUACUAGGAUUUUUGUUAAGGUUGGCCGCACUAAUCGUGCUAACACAACUCUCAAUUAACGUGAUGUAUGGAUCAGCUUUAGAACUUUUCUUCGACAAACCUCUGCAGCGGACGAGCCGGCAGAGGGGGCCGAUGGGGACACAUCGGUUUGAAGGAGGCAAAUUUAAGAUAUAUAACCAGUGCAGCAAGAAAAACGUGCAGAUACGGCGGAGGAACGUUAACGCGGGUGCAUCACAUAGAAAUCCCUACAGUGAUCUUAUACUUCACAUGGAUCAAGGCGACUUCGGUACGCGGAUACGGAUACAGGGAGAAAAAUCAAAGAUGUUUUUAUGUUUCAACAAAAGAGGGCGGUUAAUAGCACGGCACAAGUCAGAAACGAUGAAGCACGCUGGUGAGAGUGAAAAGUGUUUAUUCGUAGAAAAGCUGAUGAAAAAUGACUUUUACCAAUACGAAUCUGUGGCGAACCCACUAUGGUACAUUGGAUUCAAGAAAAAUGGCAAACCGCUGAAAGGGUACGAUGCUGCCAAUCCCACUAGAGAGAGGUGCUUUUUGUUUUUAAAGAAAGACGUUGAACAAACGACAGACAGUGGGCAAGGACCCGGACCCAAUGUGGACUUCAGCAAACUUUAUCAUUUACUAAACCCUCGGCAUCGGCAUGAGCAUCGAUCGCCGUCGCGAAGACGAGCUGCACGUCCAUGACGAGUGUAAAGAGCACAUAUAUCAUAUCAUCACUGCCAAAGUAUGCGGGUCAAAAUGGCCGGAUCUAUUCAAUCUGCCAUGGAUUACGUCACGUGACUCUUCAGCCCAAAUGGUGGCAAGUGGAGUACUGAUUCACGUCGAUUGCAGUUUGCAGUAUUGCUCUGUUCAGCAAUGCUUGGAUUGUGUGAUUAGCUCAGGGGAAGUCAGCGGCCAUAUUGAAAUCUAAGUGGACGCCGUGUUUGUCAGUUCUGAUCAUGGCGUCAAACGGACGUCUUAAGCUGUUUCCAACCACGUGAUUGGUGUUGUAUACGAGGCCAGUAGUGUCAGCUGAUAAGUCGAGUUGACGAACAACACCAGCUCUCCUGCACAGGAGACAAGAAAAUGGCUUACGGUUAUUUAUUUGAACGCAAUAUUCUAUUUCAAAGAUAAAUGCAUUUAUUCCUGACGACUGUAUAGUCCUCAUGCUGGGGUCGGAUCGGAGGACCCCAGUUAUAUAGUUAGUGGACAUUGUUGUCAUUACUGUUGACAUCGCCGGGUUUGCUUCGAUUACUGGGCGAUCGUGUAUCUUCAGUGUGCUAGUAUCUCUACGUAGAACUUGUUCGACCGAAUACUUCUUGUGUGUAGGCUAUACUAACUUUGCCGCAUGUAUUGUGUCGUCUCUACCUCUUUUAACACAAACGUUGUCUUCAGACAGAUACGAUAUAACUGUCAUCACAUCAUAUUGUACUUCAGGAUAAAUAUACUGUCAUUUCCGGAUGUUACAUCAUAGCAUAUUACGUCAUAUACACGUGACGGUGAUACUGAUUUAAUGAGAUCUUCAAGAUGGCGUCUGUAAGGAUGAAUGUUCUCGUGGUGGCUGAUAGAGGGCGCGCUUUGUUAACUUUAUAUUUUUUGUAUUUUUCUAUUUUACAUCCAGUGUUUGGGUGACCCUCUUUGAGUGUAAAUAUAUCCGACUUCAGUAGGCACAAGGGGGGGGGGUUGGACGGAGGAGAGCUCUUUAGGUGUAAAUAGAACACUACAGGACAAAAAUCAUGAUGAUUGCUUGAAAUUUGCACCAAUGUUCCUUGUUCUCAAUAGAUAGGGAAACUAGACAUGCUCUUAGAAGUUUAGGAAAAUCGUUUCUGGACAGAUGUCUGAAGGAAUGAUGAUACUUUUGCGAAUAUUUGUCAGUCAUAUAAAGUACGAUUGCCACGCAGUCGGUGUAACUGAAGUACGGAGAUGAUAGUGACCAGGGUUCGUUCCAGCAGGAGGCAGCGACUGCAAGGGAUUCUGUCAAAUUGACAUGCACAUGGUGGGUUUUAGAUGGCAAAAUCAUCUUUUACCGUCUUCACACUUUUUGGUAUGCAGCACAUGGCUUGGUUACUCUGAAAUUAGAACCGUAAGUUUUUAUUUUGUAUGACGCCGGUUUGUCAAACCUAGGAUACAUUUUUAAAAUUCGGGUUGGUCAUACCAAAUGAAGUGCAGCGUUGUAUUUAACUUACGGUCUUUCAUGAAACUGACCAUUUCUUUCGCUUUCACCACAUGGAGACGCAAUCCGUUCAUUGUUUAACUCCGUCAUUCAAUCAUUUCUCAAAGCAGAAUUUAUCCAAUCAGAAGUGCUUAAUCCUGCAUAACCGGGUAGUUGUUAGAAACCUGGCAGUCUCAUACUUCUGGUCGCAUUGUUCAAUCAGAAGUACCAAUUCUGCAUCACCGGUGCAGUUGCUUUUUAAUGACCAAUAACAGUUUGUUAUUUUGCGGAACUUCUGGUCAGUUACGCUUUCGGGAUUGGGUGACUUGAGCAGACGAUAAUCUAAGAAUUUCGUUGAUAUCUGAAUAGCAUGUAGAUUGAUUUCUUAGAUUAUUGGCCGUUGGAUGACGGAUUUGAUUGUCUCCAUGUUAGCUUAGGUUUCGCAUUACAUUAUAAGGGAUGAUAGUAAAUGCUUUCGUUUUAAUAGUCUUUAUGCCUUAUCCGUUCAACCCCUCGAAUCUGUGCUGGGGGCUGCCCAAGAUUUCAUCAAAAUGUCCAGGGGAUGACAGCACUCCUUACUCUAGUCAACUCAUUUUUCUGCGCACAUGGGAAGGUCAUUCUUACUGGGGUAACUCGAAUAGGAAUUUUCUCGGUAGGUCAGUGAACCUUAUCAGGUUCGACAUCAACAUGCCCGUAAGAAAUGGGAGGGUUACAAUGUAACUCUUGGCAUUCAAGCAUCAGCGAUGGGUAUCCAGCUGCCACUUCGCUAAAACGGCUUAAAGUUGUUGACUCGACCAGUCCUAGAUCAAGUAAGCCUACCGUCGGGUCGAUGUCGAUGUGUAUGGUCCUUUCGUAAACAAAAGCAUGUUUCUCCGGGUUUAUGUGCGAAAUCAUUGUUGAUUUUAGUGAAAAGCCUUUUCCGUGAAAAAAAAUUGCAUAAUGAUAAACAGUUGCUAUCAAUGGAAUAGUGAACGUUCUGUUUUAGUUUUUGAUAAUGGCCGGUUGGCCUAGAAAAACACGAUUUCUUUGGGAUAACUUCAUGUAUGACAUAGGUACAUGUACACCGUAUACCGGUACCGCAUCAUUAAACUGUUUAUCCAUCAUUGACCUUGGAUGUAAUUUAUAUCGCUAAUAGAAAAUCAAAAAGUGGUAUUGAGGUAAUACGUAUAUAUCUAUGUAUACAUUACAAUGUACUAUAUCAUGUCAUAGGCAUAAAGUGGAAAAAGAAGCGCAAAAAAUAGAUAUUCAAAUAUUUGCGAGAGGGAACUUUUAGCGUAGGACCUUAGCUUAUUUCAGGUGGUAUGGUCCAAUCAUUAGUGCUGAAUUCUGCCUCACCGGCGUGCUCAUCUUUGCAAAUGAGCCAAUCAGAAGCUCCAAUUUGGGGUUAGAUCCUGUCCACUGCUUUCGAAAAUGGGUGAACUGUUGGUAAACGUGGUAGGCAAUGAAGUGUUCUGAAGAAAACUACCCACAUUUUCAGUUCAGAGAGAAGUCUUUUUUUAAAGUGUGGGAAAAUCCUCGCCAGAAAUACGAUUAAGCCAGGGAAGCGCUGGAGGUUACGUGAAUACACGAUUAUUAUCAAACGCAAAUUGAGUAUUAUCUUCUUGGCCCCUAGUUUUUCCUCCCUUGGGAUAUAAUUUCGGCCAGGGACCGUGUUCUCAUACUACAAACGAGGCAUAUUUGUCCAGGUCAUGUGGGCCUGUCGGUCUCUUUGAUCAAGUGUAGAAGUCAUUGUAUAGAUACAAAGUAAAGGUCCACAAGGAAUUUUAUCAGAUGAUUUAGUUGACUCAGGCAAAAGUGAUUAAGAUUUAAGCUUGUUUGUAUGGAGAUGGCGGGGGGGGGAUAUUACAUCAAUUCAGAUGUUGUCACGGUGUCAUCAUCAGGUAGAAAGCCGUUCAGACAAAUACAGAUCUUCUUUGACAACGGAUAUGACGUCACCCUACUUCCAGUAGUUGUUUACUUACGACUUGAUUUUUUU